CGCAUAUUUCCCGCCUCUACUUCUUGUUCCCCAUUUCUUUGUUGCUUCAUUAUCUUCUUCUCGCCGCUCCGUUCUCAGCCGGCAAACAUGUGGAUGUGGAUGACCUCGAAAAAGCGGAGCUCCCUGUGAACACUAUCAAGUGGCAAGCCAAGCUGGCUGAUCUUCUUAUCAAAAAGGAAAAAAAGGUAACCUGACUAUGAGUUGCUAUUAGUCUUCUCGUCCAGGCCUCGCAUCGUGCAUAAACCUGCCUUGUUCCCUUUAUCAGGGGCCUCCAACCGGAUCCUCCAAGCCGCGCCUCCCUUAGCCAGUAGUUAGCUGACUAUUUCGUCCUCAGAAGAGCUAAUAGUCAAUUGAAUCCCGCUUGUUGUGGUCGCGGUGAUAAUCGGGGGUGAACCGUCCCUGGGCGCGCGCCUUAUCUGCGAACUGCAGCCCGGGGGGGAACUUUCUCCGCCCCUUUUGCAGUCAUAGCUUUGAAAGAUAGCCUGAGAACGAAGGCUGUGUCCCAUCCACCCGUGCUUUUGAACCGUACUUCUUAUCAGUCGCAAUCUCGGCAAGCUCCUAUCAAGCGACCUCUUGACGUCCUCGAUAUCAUCUUCGGAGAAAUUUGUCGUGCAUAUCGCCCAGAAAAAGAACAAGCUGAACCAAAGCAUCAGCAGGCAUCGGCCAUGGCGGCUGCGGCCACUAUCAACCAGCAACAAGCCUCUCCGGUGCUGCGUCCUCGAUCAGCGGCCUCCCAACCCCAGCAGCAAUCCAAGCCCAGUCUUCCUGCCGAUCGACCUGCUGAACAACACCAGGCGCUCGAGAGCCCGGCUAUAAAUCGCCGAAACUCUAGCUCCAAUGCGUCCGUGUCUUCUUCUGCUUCGCUGGCGAACAAUCCCGGUCUGGUAACUGAGCCGCAUGGUGCUGGGAGUUCCGCCACCUGCGACGCAUGCUAUAAGAGGAAGAGCCGCUGCGCUAUGAAUGAAUUAGUAAACAAAUGCUAUUCCUGCAAUUUUCACAGACAAGAGUGUACUUUUACCUUAAGCAGUCAACUGGGGAAAAGGAAGCUCGAAGAAACGACGACCACCUUGGAAAAUGAAUCUAUAAAGAGACAUGCAGCAGACGAAUCUGUGUCCGCUCUGGGAGGCAGAUUGGAGGCACAAUCGCACAAUUUUACCCAAACGGAGUGCCAAGGGAGCCCAUCCCUGACAACUCACUAUAUCGGCAUGACGACCGAGCUGGAGCCGUUGCUCCUGGACUACCUUCCACUGGACCAGAACUGCGAGGGCCAAUUGGCAGCAUCGCGGAUCCGCAAGUUCUCGGACGAUGGCACGUAUAUGCGAAUGGUCGAUGUGCCUCACGCUGGUCCUGAACUGCCGUCGAUCUCCGUCGAGGCGAUCGAGAAUCUGGUUACACCCUUUGGUCCCUCGUUAAUUGAAAAAUUCUUUCAGAACAUCCAUCCAACCUUCCCGGUGCUGAUGGAGGAUCGCUUUCGCUCUCUGUAUCAGUCGAGGAGCGUACCACCCGUGCUUCUCGCCUCAAUAUACCUCGUUUCCCUGAAAUGGCUAGACCCGGGUCCUGGGAUACAGACAUUACGGAAGCCAGACGCUGCUCGUCUGGAAUCUACAGCUCUCAAGCUUCUAAAUGACUCGUUUGUGCGACCACACUUGGCUGCCAUCCAAGCUGGAUUGCUUCUAUCUCAAAAGUCGGCGCUCUUUUCACCGAGGCUGAUAUCUCAGUUGGUGACAGCAGCAUUUGAUAUUGGGCUGCACCAGGACUGCUCUACAUGGAGAAUAGAGAGCUGGGAGAAAGGCCUUCGAAAAAGACUGGCUUGGGCGUUAUACGUGCAGGAUAAGUGGUGUGCCCUGACCCAUGGACAGCCCUCACAUAUAUUCACCCAGAACUGGACCGUGCAAGAGCUGUCCCUUGAUGACUUUGAAAAUUGCUAUUCAAAGGGACCCAAUUCAAACGAUCCGCCGACGCACGCCGGGCCUCUUCUCUUUUCUUGCCUCAUCACUCUCACCACCAUCCUCUCCGACAUCCUCGACACAUUCUACACGCUCCGCGCCACCCAGGAUUUCUCCCACGCCGGCGACCAAUCCACGCGCAUCAUCCUCGAGCGUGCAAAACCCAUCCAGCUCCGCCUGAAGAACUGGUUCGCCAAUCUACCUCCCGAGCUCAAAAUGGACUCCUCUCUCAACCCCAUCGACACCGCCCCCACCACCAGCACCAGCACGGCGGCCAACGGCGGGCUUCACCUUGCCUAUUUCGCCACCGAGAUCACCCUCCACCGCUGCAUAAUCCGCUCCAUCAACCCAAACCACACCGACGACUACCUCAUCCACAUCUGUCGCUCAGCCGCCAAAACCCGCCUCAUAUCCGCCAUGGACUUUGUCAAUCGGCUGCGUCCGAACAAUCUGCGCGCUUUCUGGCCGGCGGCUGCCCGUACGAAUUUCGCACUCAUCGUGGCAUUUGGAAUGUUAUUGCGUAUCACGGCGCAGACGAGAGAGGAAGAGGAGUUUUACAGAUGCCGGUUGGGAGAGUACCGGUGGACGCUGGAAGUGAGCAGGCGACACGCGGCGUUUUUAGGAUGGGUGGUGGAGUGUUUGGAUGUCAUGAGCAGUGUGAUUAGAGGCGUGGGGUUGAGAAAGCCGAAGCUGGAAGAGUAUAUGGCGAGAUCGAUCACGCCGGCGGUGCAGGGCGGCCGUUGGGCGAAUCUGAGAGAGCCCCAUACUGCUGAGGAUGAUAAGGGUUCCGUGAGUGGGAAUAGUUUUACGACCAGGAGGGGGUACGAUCAGUCUUUGCUGUCCUCGUCGACAGUGGUCUCCGGGCUGGCGUCUCCGUCGACGUCGGUGUCUGGAGGAAGCCGACGCGGGAGCAGGAGUGGUUUAGGCCAGGGGCAAGAGAGGAGUAGCGUGAUGAAUGUGGUGGAUUUAGCGUGAUUACCCAUACUACUUAACUAUAUCAUAUGCAUGUAAUGAAUAGAUGAAGCACUACGUUAAUGAUGGUGAUA